AUGUCCAGCAUGGAGACGAUACAGCAAAAUACGAAAGCGCGAGUUCUCACCGUCAUGGCAACACGGGCCGAAGAUCAAGAUCUCGUCGCAUCAACAGCACACAAGCAUGGUGUCAAGUCCUCUGACCCAGCAAAGUGGUCGAAAGAAGAGCGUAUCGUCCCAUGCUUUGGUUGGCAUCCAUGGUUCUCAUCUCAAAUGUACCUUACAGAAGAAGAGGAAGAAGGUGCAGAAACCAAAUACCACAAACCCCUCACAGGCGAAGCAAAGAUCGCACACUACCGAUCCGUCCUACAACCAAGCCGGGAAACCCCCAGCGGAGAAGACCGGCAAAAAUACCUCUCCCUACCCGACCCAAUAUCCUUCUCAGCCUUCCUAUCCCGCACACGAGAAAACCUGAAAAAGUACCCUUAUGCUCUAGUCGGCGAAAUUGGUCUUGACCGCGCAUUCAGAAUCCCGGAAGCCUGGACUGACCACCCGGAUCUCUGGUCUAAGCGGGACAAUGGCCUCACACCCGGUGGCCGGGAAGGCCGCCGCCUGACACCUUUUCGGACCACGCCUACGCACCAGAAGAAGAUUUUCAAGCUGCAACUUCAACUUGCGGCUGAGAUGGGGAGGGCUGUUAGUGUGCAUGGUGUGCAAGCUCAUGGGUUGGUGUUGGAAGUUUUGUCGGAUUUGUGGAGAGGGCAUGAGAAGGAGGUCCUUAGCAAGCGCGAGCAAAAGAAACGCAGACUUGAACAUCCCAAGGCUAAAGCCAAAGUCGAAGCUAAAGCCGCAGACGAUUCCAAAGACGAUUCCAAAGAAAAUGCCAAAAAAGACGUCAAAGACGACACCAAAGAUGCCAAGGACGACACCAAGGAAGAUAACAAAGAUACUGCCAAAGAUGACCCCAAGGACGACACCAACGACCAUAACACAGCCAAAACUACAAAGAAAAACCCACCCGCCACAACCCCACCAUACCCACCCCGCAUAUGCCUCCACUCCUACUCGGGAAACAUAUCAAACUUCAAACAAUACCUUAAUCCCUUCAUCCCCGCGCACAUCUUUGCAAGCUUCAGCACCGCCAUCAAUCUGUCUGAUGCAACGGACGAGGAGACGCCGGCAAGCUUUGUCGAACUCAUCAAGACUGUGCCCGACCACAUGUUGUUGGUGGAGAGCGAUUUGCAUACUGCGGGAGAGGAAAUGGAUAGACGGUUGGAGGAUAUGGUGAGGAGGAUUUGUAAGAUCAAAGGGUGGGGGUUGGAGAAGGGUGUGGAGAUCUUGGGGAGGAAUUGGAGGGUGUUUGCUUUUGGGGAGGGGGGAGCCGUUCUUACUACACGUUUCUCCGCGGUUAGGCUUCUCUUGAUCCAUCCGGUGAGCGACGUAACUGGCUAUGCACCACUCCCGCGCUAA